CACUAUUCUCUCGUUCUCAACGCAAUUUAGAGAGAGGCCAAGCCGUAACCCUUGGCCGCCGCUCUCUAUUGUCUUCUACUUCUUCUUCUUCUCCUCUCAAUUUUUGCUUUCACUCUUUCAGCUCUGAAGGAUUUCUUCUGUGGGAAAUAAAGACUAGUCAAGAUGGUGAAGUUCACAGCUGAAGAGCUCCGUCGUAUUAUGGACUACAAACACAACAUUCGUAAUAUGUCUGUGAUUGCUCAUGUCGAUCACGGAAAAUCAACCCUCACCGAUUCUCUGGUGGCUGCUGCCGGAAUUAUUGCACAAGAAGUGGCAGGGGAUGUCCGCAUGACUGAUACCCGGGCAGAUGAAGCUGAGCGUGGUAUUACAAUCAAGUCUACUGGUAUUUCUCUCUACUAUGAAAUGAGUGAUGAGGCUCUCAAGAAUUACAAGGGAGAGCGCCAAGGAAAUGAGUAUCUCAUCAAUCUCAUUGAUUCUCCCGGGCACGUCGAUUUCUCAUCCGAGGUUACUGCUGCACUCCGUAUUACUGAUGGAGCACUAGUGGUGGUGGAUUGUAUUGAAGGUGUCUGUGUGCAAACCGAAACUGUUCUGCGACAGGCCCUUGGAGAAAGAAUUAGGCCUGUUCUGACUGUCAACAAGAUGGACAGAUGCUUCCUAGAGCUCCAGGUGGAUGGAGAGGAGGCAUACCAGACAUUCUCAAGGGUUAUUGAGAAUGCCAAUGUGAUCAUGGCUACAUAUGAAGAUCCAUUGCUUGGUGAUUGCCAGGUGUACCCAGAGAAAGGAACAGUUGCUUUCUCUGCUGGUUUGCAUGGCUGGGCCUUUACCUUGACGAACUUCGCAAAAAUGUAUGCCUCAAAAUUCGGUGUUGAUGAAUCAAAGAUGAUGGAAAGGCUCUGGGGUGAAAACUUCUUUGAUCCUGCUACAAAGAAAUGGACCAGCAAGAACACCGGUACUACCACAUGCAAGCGUGGGUUUGUACAGUUCUGUUAUGAGCCAAUCAAGCAGAUUAUCAACACUUGUAUGAAUGAUCAGAAGGAUAAGCUCUGGCCUAUGUUGCAGAAGUUAGGAGUCACCAUGAAAUCUGAUGAAAAGGACUUGAUGGGUAAAGCAUUGAUGAAACGUGUCAUGCAAACGUGGCUUCCAGCAAGUACUGCCCUCUUGGAAAUGAUGAUAUUUCACCUUCCAUCUCCAGCUAAGGCCCAAAAGUAUCGUGUUGAGAACUUGUAUGAGGGUCCCCUGGAUGAUCAAUAUGCUGCUGCUAUUAGAGCCUGUGAUCCUGAGGGUCCACUUAUGCUCUAUGUCUCUAAGAUGAUUCCUGCUUCUGACAAGGGUCGGUUCUUUGCUUUUGGUCGUGUUUUCUCUGGGAGAGUGUCCACUGGUCUGAAGGUCAGAAUUAUGGGACCAAAUUAUGUUCCUGGUGAGAAGAAAGACCUGUAUGUUAAAAGUGUGCAAAGGACUGUCAUUUGGAUGGGAAAGAGGCAAGAAACAGUGGAGGAUGUUCCUUGUGGUAACACAGUUGCUAUGGUUGGGUUGGAUCAAUUUAUCACCAAGAAUGCCACAUUGACAAAUGAGAAGGAAGUUGAUGCCCACCCCAUUCGAGCCAUGAAGUUUUCUGUCUCACCUGUCGUCCGUGUUGCUGUUCAGUGUAAGGUUGCAUCUGAUCUUCCUAAGCUUGUUGAAGGUCUCAAGAGGUUGGCCAAAUCUGAUCCUAUGGUUCUCUGUACUAUUGAGGAAUCUGGAGAGCACAUUGUUGCUGGUGCAGGGGAGCUUCAUUUGGAAAUUUGCUUGAAGGACUUGCAAGAAGAUUUCAUGGGAGGAGCUGAGAUUAUCAAAUCUGACCCUGUUGUGUCUUUCCGUGAGACUGUUCUCGAGAGGUCAUGCCGCACUGUGAUGAGCAAGUCACCCAACAAGCACAACCGUCUCUACAUGGAAGCUAGGCCAAUGGAGGAUGGUCUUGCAGAGGCCAUUGAUGAUGGCAAGAUUGGACCGAGGGAUGACCCCAAAGUCCGUUCCAAGAUCUUGUCUGAAGAGUAUGGUUGGGACAAGGAUCUUGCCAAGAAAAUCUGGUGUUUUGGCCCCGAGACCACUGGACCCAACAUGGUUGUUGAUAUGUGUAAGGGAGUCCAAUACUUGAAUGAAAUCAAGGACUCUGUGGUUGCCGGUUUCCAAUGGGCAUCAAAGGAAGGUGCUCUUGCUGAAGAAAACAUGAGAGCCAUCUGCUUUGAAGUCUGUGAUGUUGUCCUUCAUGCUGAUGCUAUCCACAGAGGUGGUGGUCAGAUUAUCCCUACUGCCAGGAGAGUCUUCUAUGCUUCCCAGUUGACAGCAAAGCCCAGACUUCUCGAGCCUGUCUACUUGGUCGAAAUCCAAGCUCCUGAGCAGGCUCUUGGUGGUAUUUACAGUGUCCUGAACCAGAAGCGUGGACAUGUGUUUGAGGAAAUGCAGAGGCCGGGAACUCCCCUCUACAACAUCAAGGCCUACCUCCCUGUCAUCGAAUCCUUCGGAUUCUCCAGCACCUUGAGAGCCGCAACUUCCGGUCAAGCUUUCCCACAAUGUGUCUUUGAUCACUGGGACAUGAUGUCUUCAGACCCAUUGGAGUCCGGAUCACAAGCUUCACAGCUUGUUAUGGAUAUCCGUAAGAGGAAAGGUCUGAAGGAGCAAAUGACUCCCCUCUCUGAGUACGAGGACAAGCUUUAAAGUUUUCCUGCUAUUACAUGUUAUGGUCUUAGUUGAGUUCCUACCCAUUAAAAAACUGUUUUCUUAGUUUUUUAGGUUUUGUUAUCUAUUCUUGUUUUGGUCUCUGGGUUAUUGUACUUGGAAUUAUUUACCUCUGCAUUGAUGUGUAUCUUAUCUAAGAUUACAUUGAUGUUUGUCAUAGUACUAUUUACUAUUCACGAAUUUUGCUUAAACGAUGGUUUCCAAUAAUCGUGUUAUUUUUUGCUUAUCAUUGUGAUUGAUGGCUCAACAGGGAAUAUUUGGAUUUUU